GUCCAGCUAUAGAUCGAUUUCAUCCACGAACCUCAGUAGUUAUAUAUGUCUGUACAUGUAAGCAACGGUCACUCCCCCAAUGACCUUGAACAAAAUGUAUAUAUCAUUAAGUGGGUAGUGUUUCUUUCACAGGUUUCUCUAAUAUAUUACUGAUUGAGCAGUGCAUCUGAUUGAAAACUCACAUAUCAAUAAUAAUUAGCUCUCGUUAUUCGCCCCGUACAAAAGGAGAUUGUCAAUCUCAACGCACACUUUACAAAGAAGCGAGAAGCAGAGAGGGCUGUUUGUAUUCACGGAGAUUGUUAAAAUCUGUGAUAGUAGGAUAUGUGUGAAACGUGAUAAUUUCCUGGUACUAACUGUCCUCUACAAUAUGAAGUGUAACACGACAACAGAAAGCGGUCUCAACUAAUGAGUGAAAGGAUUACCAAUAGAGAAAAGCUGCAGUACUGCAGGAAUUGAUUUAUUCGCUCGCCAGCCGAGAGAUGGGGAAGUUUAGCAAUCUCUUUACUUACCUGAAUAAAUGGAUACCGCGUUGAAAUUUACUCAUGUAAAAUGAUGGAUGUGAAUUCUCCCACAUUGAACUCUAUUGUGGAAAAAAUAUUUCUUAUUUUUUGCGUGCUUUUAUUUUGUGCUGGUGCGGAGAACCCGGCUUUGGAGGCUUAUAUCCCUGGGGAGAUUCUGAUAGGUGGCCUGUUUCCUAUACACCAGAAAAGUUCCGGAGAUCGAACAGUAUGUGGCGAGAUCAAUUUAGACCGAGGUGUGCAGCGCGCAGAGGCCAUGUUGUACACAAUAGAUGAAAUAAAUAAAAAUUCAAAAAUUCUUUCGAAAAUUAAAUUAGGCGCCAAAAUCUAUGAUACAUGCGCACGAGGAACGUAUGCAUUGGAACGUUCUCUGGAAUUUAUCCGUGGAUCUUUUACUUCUAUAGAUUCGUCAGAUUUCUUCUGUGAUGAUGGUUCUAAAGCGAGAGCUAAUGUAACCUACGAAAACGUAGCUGGUGUUAUAGGGGGCUCGUACAGCAGCGUCUCGAUCCAGGUGGCCAAUCUUUUGCGACUUUUUAAGCUUCCGCAAAUUAGUUACGCGUCCACGAGCGCGGAUUUGAGUGACAAGGGUAGAUACGAUUACUUCACGCGAACUGUGCCACCCGACAAUUUCCAAGCCAAAGCUAUAGUAGAUAUUGUGGAGUACUUCAACUGGACGUACGUCUCCACCGUGGCAUCAGAAGGAGAUUACGGCCAGUCGGGCAUUGACGACUUCAAAGAAAAGGCCGUGGCACGAAAUAUCUGUAUUGCGGAAUCUCUGAAGAUAUUAUCAAAUUCAAAUCCAUCAACAUUUGACCACGCCAUUGUGAAAUUAUUAGCAAAAGAGAAUGCAAGGACGGUGGUGUUGUUUUUGCGUAUCGAAGACGCGACGCAAUUGUUGGACGCCGCCAAUCGGAAAGGAGUGUCCUCGAGGUUUGUCUGGAUAGCAAGUGACGCAUGGGGGACGCAAGAAAAACCCGUACUGCAAAACGCAAAGGUUGCCGAAGGAGCACUGACCAUCGAGCUACAGUCUAGGACGAUUCCCUCCUUCAAUGAAUAUUUCAUGUCUUUGACGCCUUACAACAACGACAGGAACCCCUGGUUUCCGGAAUUCUGGGAAACUGCCCACAACUGCACUCUGUCCAAUACAACGAAAGGGCAGGGGGAUAAAACCAAGUGUUCGGGUAAAGAGAAACUGUCUCCUGAAACAUUUAAACAGGAAACGAAGGUUCAAUUCAUUUAUGAUGCCGUUCACGCUAUGGCUCGUGCUAUUGACGCAAUGCAGAGUGCGUCCUGUCCGACAGAGGACUUGUGUGAUGAAAUGCGUCAAAUAAAUGGAAUGAUUCUGAGAGAUUUUAUACUAAAUACUACCUUUGACGAUGGCUAUGGUGCUCGUGUCCAGUUUGACGAAAAGGGCGAUGCGAUGGGAAGAUACAACAUCAUGAAUUUUCAGUGGAACGAGACUUCUCGUGUCUAUCAGUACACGGUGGUGGGGAGCUGGACCGAUAGUCUGACACUAGACACAGAAAAAAUUACCUGGGCAGGGCGAACUAAAGAAGUGCCGCCGUCGAGGUGUAGUCGACCCUGCGCAUUCAACGAAUUCAAGUUUGUUGGUAAAGAUGGCGACACUUGCUGUUGGGCCUGCAUUAAAUGUCAGGAGUGGGAAUAUUUGAAAAAUGAAUUUGCUUGUGAAGACUGCGGAGAGGGGAUGUGGCCGAAUCCGGACAAACGUGGCUGUUAUAGACUUCCGGAACAGCACAUAGAUAUCGUAUCCGUGUACGCCCUGAUUCCAGUGGUCCUGUCUUGUCUAGGUUUGAUUGUGACCCUCGUUGUCAUAGUUACGUUUCUUAAACACAACGACACUCCCGUUGUCAUGGCGUCGGGGCGCGAACUUAGUUACAUGUUACUGAGUGGCUGUGUUUUGUGUUACUUAGUUACAUUCGUCCUGAUAGCUCGUCCAUCAACUAUUACCUGUGCCAUUCAGAGAGCUGGAAUAGGACUAGGGUUCUCAGUUAUUUAUUCGUCACUUCUCACCAAAACAAACAGAAUCUCGCGUAUUUUUGACAGUGCCCGUAAGUCUGCUAGAAGACCUCCAUUCAUCAGUCCGAAGUCACAGAUUGUGAUUACUUUGAUACUUAUAUCUAUUCAGGUGCUAUUCAGCAUUGUUUGGUUGGUUUUAGAACGACCAGGGACCAGACUAUAUACACCUAAAAACAAACGAGAUGAGGUGAUCCUGAAGUGUAAGACUAACGACAUCUCAUUCCUCGUGUCCCUGCUGUAUAACAUAAUACUCAUCACUGUGUGUACUCUAUAUGCCAUAAAGACAAGAAAGAUUCCAGAAAAUUUCAACGAAUCCAAAUUUAUUGGUUUUGCUAUGUACACUACCUGUAUAAUUUGGCUGGCGUUUGUGCCUAUAUACUUUGGGACUUUAAAUUCUUUUGAGGUGCAGAUUACCACUUUGUGCAUCUCCAUCAGUCUCAGUGCUACGGUAGCUCUUGUGUGUCUCUUCACGCCCAAAAUGUACAUCAUUGUCUUCCAGCCGGAGAAAAAUGUCAGACGUCUUACAAUGAACUCCGCGAGCUACAAAAAGCCAGCCACCAACUCCUCCUCAGUAUUAACAGCCAACAACCAUGGUAAUGUAACAGACAGUUAUACAAGUGAAAGAAUCAAGUUGAAUGUGAACUAUGACGAGAGACAUGGCGUCCGAACUACUGCAGUCCCGGUCCCUAUCACUAAUGGAGAUCAGGAUAGUCUACACUCCCUCUGAGAUCAGCUUGUCCCGGGCUUCGUCAUUUCUGUGUAUUGUAGUAUGUUAAUUUAAUUAAUGUAGUAUGUUAAUUCAAUUAAUGUAGUAUGUUAAUUUAAUCAAUAUUCAUACCAUAAUCGUAUUUCAAGGUAAUUUUUUUUCAUUUAUUAAAGCGCAUUCAUAAGUUUUUGUAUGAUAUAUAUUUUUAGCUCUUUUUUUUUAUGAUGGUGCAAACAUUCACUGGUUCCAAGUUCUAUUUCGUUCCGAAGUUUAUUGAUGGUAGAUAUAAGUUCGAAUAAUUCUAGUGUUUGUACCAAUUUGUAAUACUGCCAAUAACCAUUGUUCUGGUUUUUCUGCCCAAAGAAAACCCAAUUUUCAUAUUAUUUCAUGCCAUUCUGAUACAGAAUGCAGUUGUAUACUAUCAAAAUCUAUUUUCUUGUUGUGAGUGAUUAAAUUCACAUUAUAUCUUGAUAUUCUAGAGGGGGGGGGGGGGAUCCCAGAAAAAAAAAAUUCUUUCAAUUUUUCUUUAAUUGUAAAAUUGAAAUAUCCCAUUCUGUGUUCCUUCCUCUAGAAAAUAGAAAUGUUUCAUUUUUUUUUUCCUUUAAUAAAAAUUAUUCUAAAAUUGAAAUCUCUCUGAAAACUAUAUACAGUCUCUUUUAAAGUCAGCAUUUUACAAAUUCUAUGGUCGUUAUAACGAUCUAUAUAUUUUGCCAAUACAACCUAUCAUUGGGUUAAAUGCUGUCUGACGUGUUUCAUACCGAUUGUUAGGUCGUUCUUGGCACACUGAUUUUGAUAACUCCGUUUACCUGAUCAAGAUAGAGAACUCACGGCGGGUGUGACCGGUCGACAGGGGAUGCUUACUCCUCCUAGGCACCUGAUCACACCUCUGGAGUGUCCAGGGGUCCGUGUUUGCCCAAUUAUCUAUUUUGUAUUGCUAAUAGGAUUGAUGAGAUUGAUCACUGUUCGUUAUCUUCACUUUUCAUAAUUAUCUGUCCUAAGUCUGGUGAGUAAACGAGAUGUCGGAUUAGCUGCCCGUCACCGGCUUCAUCGUCUUGGUGUAAAGUUCUUGUAUCAGAGCGCUGAAGUAUCGUCAUCUCGUCGUUAAAUCAAACGUUUGUACCGUGGUUUCAUUUGUAUUCGUUUUCUUCAAGUUUCGUGGUUUUUGCAAACAAAAAUUAUUUCAAUUAUAUGUGCAUUUGACAAAAUAGGCGCCGCGCUCUUUAUAUUUUCAUCGUUAAAAGAACCUAUAUAUACAUUGUUGAUUUUGCUCAAUCAAGAAAACAAAAAUCAAUUGAUUUCGAAGAAUUAUGAUGAAUGCACAGUUAAUUUAAAAAAGUAUAUCCACGAAAAUGAACACCUUACGAUUGAAACUUUGUUUUUAUUUUGCCAUUAGAAUGUAUUACGUAUUGAUUAAAUACUAUACGGAAGUAUUUUUCCAGAAAUUGCAUGUAUGACUGUGAUUGGUUUCUUCUGUACAUUUGAGUCAUCUGGAUGUUUGAAUGUAGUAUCCCUAAAAAAAUGAACACUCGUGUUGGUGUUAUGGCAUCUAUGUUGUUCAUAUAUAUAUAUAUAUAUAUGUAUAUGUAUGUAUAUAUAUAUAUAUAUAUAUAUAUAUAUAUAUAUAUAUAUAUAUAUAUAUAUAUACACUUCUGUAUUGCAUACAUACAUAUACAUACAUUCAUGUACAUACAUACAAUGUAUCUAUAAUAAUGUGAUGGUAUUUCUACAUUGUUAAGAAUAAAAAAGCUUGCUGAAACAAA